CCUCGAUUCAGUUCUCGUCACCUCGCUGCGGGUCUGGCUGCCGGGGUACACACCUUUUGGGAAGAGGGCAAACUGCAACUGAACAUGGCCCCUGUCUGCGAACUGCCUCGUUAUAGGCACGUGCGGACCACCCACCAAGACGGAAGACAUCGUGCAGAGGUGCCGGUGCCAGGCCUUGAUCCUGCCCCGGCUUGGAGCACUGCAGCAAGCUCUCGCGAACUCUCCGCCGUCCACGCUAGACAAGCUAUUGUCAACCUUGGUGCCACCUCUUUCCUCAUCGACUGAUCCCGUAUCAACGAGUCUUCCCGGUGGGCGAAUCCGGGAAUCUGAAUACCGUCGCCAGCCCAAAAGCAUAAAGAGUCCAGAAGAGCAUAUAGACCCUCAGCACAUGAUAGUUGAAUAUUCUUCACGACAAGGUGUCGAGCCCAUGUACGGCUGGCUACCUUUAACCGGA